AUGAAUGAUGGCGGCGAUGGUUGCUCUGAUGAUUUCCUUGCUCCUAUGGUGGCUGAGAUAGAGUUCGUGAGAUGCACAGAAAGAAAUGGAGGAGAUGUGUGGUCAUCGGCACACUUACUGGAUGGGCGGGCAAGUGCUGGUGCAAGUGUUGAUUCAGCCAGGCAAAACCUGGCAGCUACAUUUGUGAAUGCUUUUGUAAAUGCUGGCUUUGGUCAGGAUAAACAAAUGACAGUCCCACCUGAGGCUUCAAGUAGUGGCUCUUCUGGGAAUUGGCUUUUUAAGAACAAAGAACAUGGGAAAGCCAGUGCUGCUACAAGUUUGCAGCACUAUCUUGAUCGUUAUUUCAUUGCUCGAAGGUCCCUACCUGCACUUAGUGAAGUUGGUCUGACUUGUUUUCGUGAAUCAGUUUAUGAAGAGGCUAAGGGUAAAGCUAAAGAUGCUGUUAUUGCACUUAUUGAUCAAGAACGUGAAGGAGAGCAGAUUGAUAGAGCAUUAUUGAAAAAUGUCAUUGGUAUAUAUGUUGAAAUUGGAAUGGGACAGAUGGAUUUCUAUGAGAAAGACUUUGAAACUGACAUGCUUGUUGAUUCUGCUGGUUAUUAUUCUCGGAAAGCAUCAAACUGGAUUGUAGAAGAUUCAUGUCCUGAUUACAUGUUGAAGGCCGAGGAUUGUUUAAGGAGAGAAAAAGAAAGAGUAGCUCACUAUCUGCACUCAAGAAGUGAAUCAAAGCUCUUAGAGAGAGUGCAAAACGAAUUGUUGGUGGUAUAUAGCAGUCAAUUGCUUGAAAAAGAGAAUUCUGGAUGCCGUACCUUACUUCGAGAUGAUAAGGUGGACGAUCUGUCGAGGAUGUAUAGGCUCUUCUCUGAAAUUCCCAAAGGAUUAGAUCCCGUUGCUAAUAUGUUCAAGCAGCAUGUUACUGCUGAAGGAAUGACUCUAGUCCAACAAGCUGAAGAGGCUGCAAGCUCGAAUGCAAGAGAUGAAGGAGAAAGAGCUAAAUUCUCAUUGUGUAAAUCUUGUUUAGUUGCGUUGCAUGUUCCGAGUGUCCAAUUUGCCAUGCCAAGAUUGCUGAUAGAAUUUUUGCUUUCACAUCUUGAUAUUUGCACUUUACUCCCCUCCCAUUCCCUCCCUCCAAGAUUUGUAAUAAUAUUCACCUCAACCUCAACCUCACUUGCUGCCUGGUUAUAUUUUGUGUUGCUUAGUGGGUGUCAUUCUUUAAUUGGCCAAGCUAGAUUUAUGGAAGGCAUGUGCGGGUCCACUAGUAGAUGUUCCAAGAGAUGGAGAAAGAGUUUUCUACUUUCCUCAAGGCCACAUGGAGCAAAGGACUCCAACAAUCAGGAAAUCGAUCAGAGUAUUCCUCACUUCAAUCUCAAAUCAAAGAUUCUCUGUCGUGUUGUUUAUACUCAGCUUCUGAUUUUGUUACCAUUACAAGCUGAACAAGAUACAGAUGAAGUUUAUGCUCAAAUCACUCUACUUCCAGAAGCAGAUCAAAGUGAUCCUACUAGUCUUGAUAAAUGCAUUGAUGACCCUCCAAAGGCAAGUAUCCACUCUUUCUACAAAGUCUUAACAGCUUCAGACACAAGCACUCAUGGUGGUUUUUCAGUGCUCAGAAAACACGCAAAUGAAUGCCUACCUACAUUGGACAUGUCUCAACCUACUCCUACUCAAGAGCUUGUAGCUAAAGAUCUUCAUGGGAUUGAGUGGCGAUUUAAGCAUAUAUUUAGAGGUCAACCGCGAAGGCAUUUGCUUACAACAGGAUGGAGUACUUUUGUUAUUGCUAAAAGAUUGGUGGCUGUGGAUUCAUUUGUAUUCCUUAGGGUCGAAAAUGGGGAAUUACGUGUUUGGAGUCAAACGUGUUGGUCAACAACAUAG